CCAAGACAGUUUGAUAGAGAAAGUGAUGGCAUGUAAACAGCCUAUUGCAAUUGCUGGGGAUGGAAGACACGAUUCCAUUGGACAUAGUGCCAAAUAUUGUGCAUAUACAACAUUCUGUUGCACAAUACCUCAAAUCAUUAGUUUUUCUCUUGUGCAGGUACAUUUCUUUGAAUUAUGUGAUUAUCUUCUUUAAAAUUAUUUACCUAUUUGCUAUUUUAAAUGUAGAUAUGAUCUAUAUCAUACAAUAAAAUGUGUGCAGCUUUAACUAAACCAAGGUUGAUUGCUGGAAUCAUGAAAGCUUCUCCAAUGUCUCAAACAAGUGCAUUGGAGGGAUUUCACUCAGUUCUUAACCAGUUUGCACCCAAAAUGAUAAGCUACUCUUUUCCUGGGAUGUUCUGCAGGCAUAUCCUUGCUGUAACUCACUUCAACAGAAAUUUGGACAGGGAUAAUCAAGAGGUUAAUGGAGUUCCCCAGGUUAAAGUGCAUUAUCCAAAAUUUAAAAAUGGUGAAGCUGUUGUAAGAAAUGUAAAAGUUGCUCAGGAUUUUGGGUAUGUUGAAGAUAUAUAUCAAGUGUUGUGCUCUGCACUCAUUGAUGAGGAAACAUUGGAAAAAGCCAAAGGUGAUCUUUUACGAAUGGCUCCAUUGCCAAUGAAUUCUACGUUGGACAAGCAAUCAAAAAGUGAAGCUAUCUCGAAAAAAGCAAGAAGACAAAGCAUGCCAGCUGUACAUUUCCCCCAACUAAGCCAGGUUUUACAAAAAGGCAUUACUUGUUUUGAGUUAAUUUCAAUCUUAUUUUUGGAACUGACUCACUUUAUUGUUUGAUAUGGCUGAAGUUUCACCUGUCCAAGAAAAGAUCACUAAUCAGGAAAAUGAGAGAGCAGCACCUCGAUGCACUGUGUGCAAGAAUUGGAUGAAAGGCCAUAAAAAUAUAAUUAACUGUCCAAAAAACCAAAAGUAACCAGUUUUUUAGGACCUGGUGGUAUGAGCCCACUUAGUUGGGAUUCAGUGAAGUGUGAAUUGACUGCAUGGAAAGAAUAAAGAGAAAGGAAUUGUAAUUUUGUAUGUUUUGUAUAACAAGUAUAAGUGUGAAUCAAAGAUGCAAUAUAUCAAGAGUGGCUUAAAUCAUUCCACACUUCACUGAAUCCCUACUAGCUGGGCUCAUGCAAACAACACCUAAAAUGAUAUAUAAUGUUAUGUUAUUUUACAAAUGGUCCUCUUCAUACUCUGCAAAGUGUUCAUUUUUUUUAAAUUAAAAGUUGUUCGAAUAA